AUGGCUUAUGCUGCUCUUUCUUCACUUAUGUAUACAUUGGAACAACUCUUGAAACCUAAUCAAUCUCUCGUUUGUCCAUGCUCUACACAACAACAUCUUCAAUCUCUCUAUCAAAAUCUUUCUGCUCUGCAACUUUUCCUUGACAAUACUACCACAAAUGAUAUUGAAACUCUUAAGUUUAUAGAAAAGAGGAUCAGAGAUGUAAUAUAUAAAGCAGAAGAUAAAGUUGAUUUAAGCCUAAGAAGCAUCAUUCUAGCUGAUUGCACAGAGAGUAGAGAAGGGGCUUGUAAAUUCUUCGAGGAAGAAUUGGUAAAAGUGGAAAAAGAUGUUGAUUCUCUCAGGCAAGAGGUGAUGCAGAUUGAGUUUAACAAGCAUGGAAGCAGCUCCGCAGAACUAGCAGCAACUCCCUCCUCCCUAGAAAAAAGUAAAAUUGAGGAAAAUACUAUUGUUGGGAUGGAGGAUGACUUCAACACCAUACUUGAUCGCCUCACUGCCCAAACGAAGAAGUUAACUGUCAUACCAAUUUUUGGUAUGGGCGGUAUAGGUAAGACAACUCUUGCCAGAAAAGCUUAUGAUUAUUCAUGUAUUCGUUCUCGAUUUGAUAAACAAGCAUGGAUCACUAUCUCUGAAGAAUACAAUGAGAGACAAAUGCUUCUUGAACUUGUCUCUUCAAUUACUGGAAGCAAGCAAGAAACAAGCGAUGAUGAACUAAUGGAGAUUGUGUAUAGAGGUCUUAAGGGUAGGAGAUUUCUAAUUGUCAUAGAUGAUAUUUGGUGUACAAAGGCUUGGGACCAAAUGCAAAGAACAUUUCCAAAUGAUGACAAUAAAAGCCGAAUUCUAUUAACCACUCGGCUCAAGUAUAUUGCUGAUUAUGUCAGUUGUCCUGAUUUUCCCCCUCAUAGUAAGUCUUUUCUAAGUCUAGAUGAUAGUUGGAAUCUGUUCACCAAAAAAUUAUUCAAAAAAGAUCACUGUCCACCUCACCUAGAAGAAACAGGGAAGCAUAUUGUACGACAAUGUCGAGGAUUACCUCUCUCGGUGGUUGUCGUUGCUGGACUUCUUGUAAAAAUGGACUUAACGCAUGACAAUUGGAAGAAGGUUGAGGAAAAUCUGAACUCAUUCUUUGGUACGGUAUCCGAACAAUGCCAAUCAAUUCUUUCUUUGAGCUACAACUACUUGCCCCAAUAUUUGAAGGCUUGUUUUCUCUAUGUUGGAGGUUUUCCAGAAGACAGAGAGAUUAACGUUUCCUGGUUGAUUAGGCUAUGGAUUUCUGAGCAAUUCGUAAAGGCAAGAAACAAUAAAAGAUUAGAAGUGGUAGCAGAGGAGUAUCUACAAGAGUUGGUUGAUAGAAGUCUAAUUUUGAAUGUUCAUCAAAGGGCUAAUGGAAGGAUGAGUAGUUGCAAAAUUCACGAUCUUCUUCGCCAACUAUGCCUAAGUGAAGCUCAUACUGAAAAUGUUGUGCAUGUCAUGAAUGGGAAUGUUCUCGAAGCCAGAGAUUAUCAACGUCGAGUGAUCCUUGUGUCUGAAGUUGAAGAGAAGCAUAAUUAUUGUCUGCGACAUAGCAGUGGUAUAAUACGUACCAUUAUUUCAAUGGACGUAGCUUUUCCAAAAGGGAUGUGUUUACAGUUGAAGUUGCUUAAGGUAUUGGACGUAUUAUCAAUUAAAUACGAUUUCUCUAGUGUAAUACCUGAGCUUGUACAUUUGAGAUAUGUUGCUGUAAGAACUGAGAAAACUCUUUCACUAGCCAAAUUGAGAAAUCUACAGACCAUAAUUCUUCGAAAUAUCUCUGUCAUAUCAACAGAGUUGGAGCACCCACUAGAUAUUUGGAGAAUGACAGAGAUAAGACAUGUGGAUAUUAAACUGCCACAAUAUAUAUCAAAUCCUAUUGAAGCAGAACAACCUUUGUGCCUUCUGAAUAACUUGCAAACACUUUAUCUCCGUAACUCUCCUUUUGUUGCGGAAAUCAUAAGAAGAACUCCAAAUCUGAAAAUGCUAAAGAUCAAAGAUGAUUCUGAGCAUCCUGACUGGCCUUCUAUUCUUGGUUCUCUAAUUCUUCUAGAGGAGCUGGAGACACUAAACAUACAGCUGAAAACCAUUAAGCCGAUGAUUUUCUCUAGGGAUAUUUUCCCUCUUAAUCUUGUGAAGUUGAAAUUAUCAAAUACUAAAAUACCAUGGGAAGUUAUGAAUUUGCUGUCUAAUUUACCCAAUCUUGAGGUGCUAAAGGGGUAUUAUGCAUUUUCUGGAACAGAUUGGAUACUAAAUGAAGAUGUUGUGUUUCGCAAAUUGAAACAUCUACUAAUUAUGUCCAAAGAUCUGCAAAGGUGGGAAGCAGCUGGUAGUGAUAAUUUUCCUAUGCUUGAGAAACUAUUACUGCAUUGGUUGCGUGAUCUGGAGGAGAUUCCCGAGAGUAUUGGAGACAUAAUGACACUAAAAUUCUUCCAACUACUAUAUUGCAGCUUUGGUGCAAAGAUUAGUGCAAAGAAAAUUCAACAGGAGCAGCGAAGCUUGGGAAAUUAUGAGCUUGAACUGAAAUUUGUAAGGUGGCUUCAAAUUUGGGGCACAAUAAGAGCUGGGAUUCUAUCACUGCUGACAUCCUACACAGCUUACUUUGUUUACAAGUUGGGAGAUGAUUCUUAUGGGUUUGAUACUAGACACAUGGAGGUUUCAGUUGGAAUUUCUGGUGUUGAAUCUGCAAAUGUGCGGAUUGCUUUUUUGCAUCUGAAUCCUCAAUUUAUACCUGUGGAUAUGUACACGUCACCUUAUACUCCACCCUCCCCUUAUAUAGGGUACUGUUGGGUGGGGCCUGGUUGGCCUGGAAUUGAUUAUGAUCCUCCCGAAGAUGUUGAUUGGGAUCAUCAUCCUAGUAACUUGAAGCUUGAUAAACCAGUUCCUAAACUUAGACAUGAUGGCUGGUUUGAGUUGGAAUUAGGUAAUUUUUUUACUGAAAAUGAAGAUGAUUGCAUCGAGUUAAGAAUUGAAGAUGUGAAAACUGGUUGUACAAAACAAGGCCUUAUUGUUGAAGGAAUUGAGAUAAGGCCAACAAUUGCUUAACCAUUUUACUGUUGUUACUCA